AUGUUUUGUGCUGGAUAUGAUGAGGGUAAAAAGGACUCGUGUUCGGCUGAUUCUGGUGGCCCAAUAAAGUUUAAUAAUACCCUGAUCGGAGUUGUAUCAUGGGGUACAGGGUGUGCCCAACCACAUUACCCUGGUGUCUAUACGCGACUGGGCAAUGGGUCCUAUCUGAGCGGGGUGGUGGUGACCGGAAAGGACGCCCAGCGGGUGUCAAAUGUGGUCAAAGAAUGCGCUAAAAUAUCCCCUAAAGGGUUGACACCGUUAGUGAUGGUGGCGGACAUCAGCCAAACCGACGACUGCCGACGACUAGUCGACACGACUAUAGCCGCGUUCAAGAGGUUAGACGUGUUGGUUAACAACGCGGGUCGGGGUAUGCGGUGUCCGAUCACUGACGCGGCCGUUACGCGCAAAUAUGAUGAGGUAAUGGCGACUAACGUGCGGUCAGUCGUCUAUUUGACGCAUUUAUGUGUCGAGCAUUUGGAGAAAACAAAGGGAAGUGUAGUUAACAUCUCGAGUAUCGCCGGUCUUAGACCUUUUCCCGGAGCCUCCCUAUAUUGCAUGUCAAAGUGUGCGAUUGAUAUGCUCACCAAAUGUCUGGCCCUCGAGUUGGGACCGAAAGGCAUUCGUGUCAAUGCUAUC